UGUUCACAACAUGGUGACUCUGUUUCUCGUGUGUCUGGGUCUGCUUUCCUUGUGGGGGGUCAGAGGGGAAGUAGCUCCAAAUUUCAACAACUGCAAAGAGUUUUUCUUCAGAGAGACGCCAGUGUCUGGUCUGAACAUAGCCCUGCCCACUCCAGUUGAGCCCAACACACAGAAGUUAACUAAUCCUGAGAAAUGUCUCUCUGCUUACAAUGCUGCCUCUCCUGCCUACAUCUGUCAGAUAUACAACAACCAGUACUACUUUGCCACUCUGUAUGACAGAGGAAGGAGGAUCCCUUUGUACUCUGCAUAUAAAAUGGAUAUCAAAGGGGAACCUGAAAGGGAGGGCUCCAUAGUUAAUUACGAGCCGCAGCUUGUGCAUCCUGAACUUUCAAAAAAUCAGAGGAAAAAGAAAGAAUGCCUGACAGAGAUCAAGAAUUACAACAACAUCCCGAGUAAUGACUGCAAAGAAUCCUUUCCACAAUACCGACAGACCUACAAGCUUGGGUGGAGCCAGGCCCUCGAUGACAACUUUGGCACCUAUGACCGUGGACACUUGAACCCUGCAGGGCAUCAUGGAAAAGGAGAUGCCUCCCAAGCCACCAUGACCUUCACCAACGUAGCUCCGCAAAACCCAAAAAUGAACCAGGUCCAAUGGAACCAGUAUGAGCAGAAGCUGAAGAACGAUUUGAGUCAGGGCUGUAGUAAUAUGUAUGUUGUGACAGGGGUGGUCCCAAGCACCACGUGGGUAGACCAGAACCAACGAGUCAAUGUUCCCAGUCACUAUUGGAAUGCCUUCUGCUGCACUGACAACAACGACAAACCUCUCAGGUCUGGAGGUGCCUUGUGUCCUAACACAGAUGAGGGUGUAGUUACGGAGUAUAACACUGUUGCAGACCUUCAGAAUGUGCUUGGAAAUGAUAUGAGCUUUGGCAGCAAUUUCAACAUUUUCUUUAACCGCUGUCAAAUCUGACAGAUGUAGCCAGACUGGAGUCAAAUACCUAGUGCCUACUUAGGCUUUGUGAAAACAGUCCACGAUGACAGGGUCAAGAACAAGGGAAACCAGUAGCAAGUGUAGUCUCUCUAAAAAGGGGACAUAGAAAUAUUAAAAUACAGACACUUGUUGCGUUUCCCUCAAUCUCUGUAUUACGAGUCGGCAAAAUAACAAUAUGGUAUUCACUGUAUACAUAAAACAACCUGUAUUGUAUUUUCUGUCAAAACACAAAUAAAGAUAUGAGCAUCAA